GUGACGUGGGCCUACAACAACCGGACCCUAGCAUCCUCCUACGCGGUGUGGACAGUAUUGUCAAACGAGUUCUUCAGGUCUGUUCAAGAUCUGCAUCAGUCUUUGCUUGCAGAGUUCGAGCAGGCUAUGGCGAAUGCAACAUCAACCACGACGGCCUCUUCCUCUACCACAACUUCGGCGCCUGAGGAUGCAAAAGAGGAGCGGCAUGCAAGUUCAACCAUGAUGUUGACCGGAAACAACGUCAAGGGCGAUGCUGGACAUGCGGAAGUAAACAGCAUGUUGCCAAGGAUCUUCUUCGGUACCUCCAGCGGCUUCGGAGUCUUCUUCAUCUACAACAACCACGCAAGUGAGAUGCGCCAGCUGAAGGUUCUCACGGUGGAGGACGUUAAUAUUCAAGCGAGGUCUUUGGGAGUGGACCCAGAGACUGGGAAGACGGGUUUGUUAGACUCGGGAGCCUCACAUGCUUACCGAGCGGGGACACAAGAAGAAAUCCGGGCGGCUGAUCGUGUUCGGGUUCAGCUUGCAAACGGGGACUAUGUGACCCUGGCACAGAACAAGGCGGGGACUUUGCUGGCGACUACCUCCACAACAGAAGAUUCAGCAGCCCCCAUAGUUCCCCUGGGCUCGCUUGUGCAGGACCUGAACUGUGAGCUGGCUUGGAGUAAGAAGAGGGGCCUUGAGAUAACUCAUCCUGUUCAUGGGACAGUUCGGCCCAGAGUGAUCGGCAAGUGUCCGCUGAUUGGCGAAACUCAGGCAUUGCAGCUGAUCAAGGAGUUGGAGGACAAGAGAGUCGAAGACCUCCAGCGAACCACGGCUGCGAUGCAGAGGGCCCUGUGGCUUUGGGAUCAAGAUGCAGAUUGGUCUAAGCACCUGCAUGCUUUUCUGAAGUCUGGAGAGAGAGCCCAGCAGCUGAAGGCCAUCGAUGCGGAGGACUCCCCGUUCACUACUUUGAGCUCCUUCACAAAGGGUGCCAUGGCAGAGGACCUAGUGCUGAACAACCGCGCUGGAUGGAAGUGCCUACAAGCUUUGCCAGUGUCUAGAAGGAGACGCAAGCUUUUGAUGGCGAGUGAAUGGGUGGUUAACCUAUUCGCUGGCCCCAGUGACGGGACGGUGGAGAUGAAGGUCUUGGAGGAUGGUUGCGUUCUUGUGGAGGUUGAUAUCUUGAGAUCUCGGGCCUUUGACUUGAGGAGGCCAAUGGGAGCAUAUCGGGCCAUUAUGUGGGCCGCAGCCACGGGACGCGUGAAGGGUGUGAUGGCUUCCCCGCCGAUGAGGUCGGAAGAUGAUGAAGGUUUGGUUGGAAAGGCCAUGUGGUGUUCUUUGGUUGCCAAGGCAGCGCGUGGAUAUUACGAGGAGUCCCCAGCCUUUGUGAUGUUUGAGGGUGCAAGGUUCGUGAGCUACAUGAGCAACAAAGAAAGGUAUCCUCAACCUACGGGACUACAGCAAGCUUGGAGGCUGUUCGUGGAGACCAUGUGUUUGGAGGAGCAGUACGGCACGGUCGUCACCAAUUUGGACUAUGACCAAGGGGAGAUGACUACCUCUUCUUCUUCUGGAAGGUGGACCGAGGAGUUCAAGAACAGUACCACCCACGCCGUGACCAAAUGGAUGUGGAACCCAGAGACAAGACAGCGGGCGAAGUGGAUGGCCAAGAUGGACGCGGGCUCCUUUUUGAGUUCCCUCUCCAACAAGGAACUAGAACAGUGGAGGGUGCACGUGAAGAACAAUCACCUUCCAUACAAUCGCAGAUGCAGAACAUGUGUGGAGUCCAGUGGAACAGGAAGGCGUCACAUGAAGAUCAAGGCUCCUUCGGCCUAUUGUAUGAGCAUGGAUAUAUGUGGACCUUUCAGAGUCAAGGGCAAGGACCCCGACCACGCAGAUUACCGCUUUGCUCUGGUUGUGGCCUAUGUCAUUCCCAGGCUAUACCAAAGAAGCGCAGAGUUUCCAGGUGAAGGGGACGCGCAUGGUUCAGUUGUUACAGAUCACACAGUCCAGAUCGAGGGUGGCGGUUUCGUGCCAGAAGUGGCUGAGGACGAUGGUGUCGGUUUGGGGCCACUACAGGGAUGGGUGGAAGGAGACCUACUAGAUCCCGGCGCAGAAGAACCUGUUCGUGAAGACCGUUCACUCCCAGCUGGAAUGACGAAUGAGGAGUUUCAACAGGUGUUCAACGAAGUCGAGGGCAUUGAGGGCUACCAAGUGAUGUAUGCGGCUCACCCUUUGAGGUCAAGAACCACUCGCGACGUGUUGGCGGCUGUCCAAGAUGUGUAUCUGCGUUUUAGAGCUCAGGGUUUUCCCAUCAACAGAGUUCAUGCUGACAGAGCCCGGGAACUACGAAGUGAUCCGUUGAGGCGAUGGCUGAUGGACAGAGGAACCUAUGUGACGUACACGGAGGGCCAAAGUCCACAGGCAAAUGGACGAGCCGAGGCCGCUGUGAAAUAUGCCAAAACCCAAACGAAGAGGCUCCUUAAGACUGGCAACUUCGCACCAAGGUUGUGGCCUAUGGCAAUGAGAUAUGCUAUGUGGGCACAGUCGCAAAAGCAAGUCUACCCCCACAAGGCGUUGAUUCCCUUCGGUACCCGGGUCCAUGUGAAGAAGAAGGUGUAUGGUGUCGGUGGCAAGUUUGACCUACAGUCUAAGUGGGGUCAAGGCUUUUACAUGGGGCCAAGUGCUGAUGUGAAUGAUGGAAGUGUUGUCAUGAUGGACAAGGGAACCUUCAUUACAACUUGCCAUAUGAGACCUGGUCUGGUGGAUGCGGACAAGGAAGUGGAGCUUGAGGACUAUCAUGCCAUUGUUCCUCUGCCACACAAGAGGUUGCGGAGGAAGUCCACGUUGAAUCCUGCAGACUAUGAGGGCCUCGAACUACAACCACUACGCCAAGAACCCGAGGAAGCUGAAGAAGCUGACCUGUAUGAUCCAAACCACCCGGCGGAAGAGUUUGCAAGGGCGGUGCUUUUUGAAGAUGUUAUCCUGAGAGACUAUGUGGAGACCCUUGCAAACCUUCUACCGUCAGGAGGCGCCAAGCCGAAGAGGUUUGGAGAGCAACACAAGGAUGAGCUUGUGUGGUCCUCGGGAGCCUACGUGUUCAGCGGCAUUGUUGGGGUUGCAGGCAGUACCUCCUUGUUCCCUCGAACUACAAAGGUGUUUUGUGAAUAUUUGAGGACUCAGUGCCCAGAGGCGCGGUUCAACAGCAUCGCGGUCUUUAAGAACAUUCAAGCCAAGAGACACAAGGAUGCGCACAAUGUUGGCAGGAAUGUGGCCGUGCCGCUGUCGGAUUUCAAGGGCACAGACAUUAUUGUCAGCCGAGGAGGAGAACGUGUGGUGUUGAAGGUAAGUGACGGUCCUCAAUUCUUUGAUCCACAUGAAGAGCACGAAACUACCCCAUGUUCGGAGGGAACAAGUUGGGUUUUGGUGGGAUAUUCGAUUCGAGACAGCGAGAAGCUCAAGGAUGAUGACGUGAAGUACUUGGAAUCCCUGGGAUUUACUUGGGAGCCUCAUCGAGCAAGGGAACAGUUGGAUGCCUCAGCUGUGAACCCUAGAUUGGCGGGAUUGAGAAAAGCCGAAGUCAAGGACAAGUCGUCAUCGAGCAAUGAUCUGGAAACAAUGGAUGUUGCCAAGAGUGAUUUGGACCUGGUCAUUCAGGACUUGGAGGAACGUGCUGUUCGCCUACGGGAACUUCUUGAGGAGGAGGAAAUUAUGGCUGAGCAGGCAACUCGCCUUGGACAGGGUGUUCGGGAGGAGUUAGCAGAUACAAGGGACUAUGUUUGCAAGUACCUGGACGAUGUUCAUCGCCAACUGAUGCAAUUUCAGCGUCUUCGUGAGGGUGUUUUCUUGAGAUCUGCGCGGCAGGUGGCGGAGGAAGACAGCGCGAUUGACUACGAGAAGUUGCUUGAAGAGUUGGAGGGUGACCUGGAUAUUGUACACACGGUCCCUCUGGACCAGGUGAAGACUGUACUCCAGAGAUGGGAGAAGGCCAUCGAGAAAGAGGUCGGGGCGUUAUUCAGUUCAGGAACCCUGACAAAGAUAUCGUAUGAUGAAGCCAAGGCUCUCGAGAAGAGAGGCGACUUGAGAAUUAUACCAUCCAAGUGCGUGUUCACGCUCAAGCCCCCGAAUGCGAAAGGUGAGAAAUGUCGUCGCAAGUGUCGGUUAGUGAUAUGUGGAAAUUAUAUCACUAAAGAGGGCGCCGAGGACCAAGCAAGCCUUUACGCGGCAGGCACCAGCACGGACGCCUUGAGACUGGCUCUGGCGGUUGCAUCCUCGAGAUUGUGGCUAGCAGCUAUUGCUGACAUUACGUCAGCGUUUCUAUUAGCCGAAUGGCCACCAGGGAUGCCCAAGUACGCUAUCAUGCAGCCUCGAGUCAUACGAGACAGUGGAGACUAUGGGAGCGAGUUGUGGCUGGUGCAGAGGCCACUCUAUGGCCUAAGGGAGAGUCCUGUGAUUUGGUCCGAGUUCCGCAACAUGAAGCUCAAGCAACUACAGAUUAUGCAUCAAGGGAGGCGACUUCGUUUAUUCCAAGCCGUGUCCGAAUCUGAGUUGUGGUUCUUGAGGGACGAGUUGACCAACGAGCUCUACGGAUUACUGGUCGUCUAUGUGGAUGACCUGAUGUACCUGGCAGAGAAAACGGUCAUUGAAGAGUUCCACAAGGCCAUCCGAGCUCUAUGGCCUACUUCAGCUCUGGAGUGGAUUGAUGAUACCAAGGCAGUUCGGUACUUGGGCGUGGAAAUCAAGCAGGACCCCAGCAGCAGAGCAUUCAGCAUAAGCCAGCAAGCAUACAUUGCAGAACUACUACGCGCGCACAACAUGCAGAACGCUGCGCACACACAGCUGCCGAUGCCCCGCGAAUGGCUGGAGAAUCUGGAGCUGGGAAAGGACGACGAGCCGUCGUUCACUGAGGCUGACCUAAGGCAAGGCCAGCGUGUGGUGGGAGAGGCCCUUUGGCUGGCCACGAAAACGCGGCCGGAUAUCCUGUACACGGUCAAUGCUAUGGCAUCACAUGUGGCUCGAAGGCCUCUGCAAAUCGCCCGCAUAGGCGAGCGACUGCUAGCCUAUUUGGCGGGCACUGCAGACAUGGCUUUGGUGCUACGUCCACCAGGGGCUGAAGAGCGCUCUACGAUGACGUGCUUUACAGAUGCGAGCUUUGCUCCUUUUGGUUCGCGAAGCUACGGAGCAACGGUGGUGCUGUACGGCCAGGCUGCAGUAGCGUGGAAGGCUGGAAAACAGUCUUUCGUUACCAUGAGCACCAUGGAGGCAGAGUUAUAUGCUGCAGCGCAGGGAUAUGUGCUUUUGGAAUCGGUGGCCUCGAUCCUUAAGGUGCGUGCCAGUUAUAUUCGUGAAGCAGUUGAGGCUGGACGUUUGACUGUGAAGCACACUCCCGGGGAUGAUCAGCUAGCUGAUUUGGCUACAAAGUUGGUGACGAAGGAUCGCUUGUGGAAGUUGCUGGAUCUUUGGGGUUUUGUGGGUGGCAAGCUGGCUAGGACUGUGGACGCGAUAAAGAUGAAGAUGAUGCUUUUCGUGAUGAUGAUUGUGUCUAUGGUUCGGCCUUCGGCAGGAGCUUCUACAGAGCAAAAGGAGGCAAUACAGGUCUCUGGAAUGGAUGAGUUGCUCAUCGUGACAGGGCUUGUUUGUGUUUCUGCAAUUGUGUUCUGGGAAGUUCUGAAGAUGGUGAUUAAGUAG